AUGGCAACAUCAAGGAGGGAGCCUCAACCAAAUGCUAGGGUCAUCCAGGGCGUCCGGAAUAUGUCCACAGGGCUCAAAUCCAGUGAGUCUGACCAAGGGAUGAGGCGUGCAAGGUCCGUCCCAACUUCUCCUGAUCGCAGAUUAUCCCCAUCCCUUGCCUCAAGCUCAUCCAACACCUGUCGACCCUCAUCGUCAGUCAGUGCUCGCACCACCUCAUCCCGGUCCACAUCUGGCUCAGGCUCUUCUUCCACCCAUGGAAAGACACCCCACUCCGCUUCUUCCCUGGCCAGUGCAAAGCAAGCCAACACAAUAAGAAAAGUAGAAAAGCCUGGUGCCACAUCUGUGUGGCCUGCAGCCCUUGCAACACCAAACGCCUCAUCUAAGGAUAUGACCAGGACAGCAAAAUCAGCAUCAACCGUGCAGAAGGGUAACCUCUCUACAAGGCCUGGUAUCGAGAAGAUGGCAACAUCUUCCAUGAAGCUGAAAACUCAGAAAUCAACGGCGGGACCUCUUGGAGCUGGAAAAACUCAAGCUGUGUCUUCGACUUGUGCUCCUGGUUCUAUAGCAAAGAGAAGAACGGGGUGUGAAAAUUAUGUUUCUACCCAGAGGACAAGAAGUGGGCUGGCAAGACAAAUAGAGACACCAAAAAUCGAGGAGCAAGAUGUCGAGCUGUUGAUGGAAUUUGAUGAGACAGAGAGUAUAAGCACCUCUUCCAUAGAAGAGCACUUGCAAGAACAGCUCCCUGACCCUGUUGAUCUGCAAUCUGUGGGUGUGAAUAGCAAGCCAUCCUCUGCUCAGGAGGAAUACAAGAAUGAGAAUACAGGGGACAAUUUAGAAGAGAAACGUGAAGGGAAAGACAAUAAAAACUUGAACCCAUGUGACAAUGCUGAUGCUGAAAUCAACAGCGAUAUAAACAUCCUGAAAGAAGCUACCAGUGAAGAUGUCAGUCCGGAAUCUGUCGAUGAGACAGAACUAAAUAAAGCUGUCAGUGACACUGAGUUAAACGAAGCUAUUGAUGAAACUAAGUUAAAAGAAGCUGACUGUGGAACUGCAUUAAAAGAAGCUGACAGUGAAACUGAGUUAAAGGAUGCUGUUGCUGAACCCAAGUUAAUAGUACAAGAAGAGGCCAAACCUAAGGAAAAUAAGAUAAUGCUGCCAGCGAAGACCACGGAGAUGGCACAGAGAUGGAGGAAGGAUGAUCGGAGGAGCAAUGAAGCCACAGAGGAGGGCAGGGACAAGCCUAUCCAGGAGAGGAAGAACAAGGUAAUGGCCUUGGUGGGGAGGUUUGAGACAGCCAUGUCUGGCCGAGAGUGAGAAUGGU